AACAAGAAUUUUUUAGUGCCUGGAAACGCCUGUCCCGAAGACUACACGGCCAUACAUCAACUAUUUACCUCGGUCAAUAUUCAACACUUUGGACGUUUUCGCAAAAAAGCCAAUAUGUCUGAUAUAUUUUUUAAUAACUAUAUAACUCAUCGUAUUGUAAUACAAAUAAAUGCUAACAAUCCCCACAUCAUUGGUUAUGCUGAAAUAUCAAAUUCUCCCAAUCUACCAGCUCUGCCCACGGAUUUAUGGUUGGAUUUUAUACAUUUUCAUUAUUGUUGUGAUUCGCCAUUGAGUGCCUCGAAUACAUGUUUUCUCAAUACCUUUGUCUAUAAUCAGGACUAUAAUCCUGAAAUGUUAAAAAAGCUUUUAAGUGAAAUUUUCUAUAGAGACAAUAAAUUAAGAUAUAUAUUGAUAGCUGAGUGUCCCGAUUAUACGAGAUAUUCUGGAAAGCCUCAUGAAAACUAUUAUUGCUUGGAGCGUUAUUCGAUGGUCUACUAUCCUAAGUGUUUUAGUGCUAUUUCUAGCAAGAAUACCCAAAAGCUGCAUGUAAUAACACGAGAUAGUGUAUUGCCUCCGAUGAGAUAUAGAAGAGCUUUACCUGAAGAUAACGAUGAUAUUGUUGAAAUAUUAGAUCAUGAUCGUCCCGAUCUAAAAGAACAAUUGGGUGAAUAUUAUAUUGCAGAAGAGCUUUUGUCCAACGCUAAAAGCUUACUAAUAGUAACAGAGAUUAACCACUUAACAGCUGGCUUUAUAUGGCUUAAUGAUAACGUCAAUCUGUUGAACUUGUUAGAGAAUUAUAAUCUUCAAUCGUUUGGUAAUCUAUUGAAAUUCAAUGUGAAUCAAAGAUUUAAAGAAAAGCUGCUAAAUGUAAGCACUGCUCAAAGACGUCCUUUUGAUAAACUUUUUACUAUGGAAUCGAUGAAUCUUAUCUACAAAAGUAUAACUGAGGUUACCAAUUUGGAAAAUGUUAGUAAUUUAAGCUUAUGUUCGCAAUAUAUUGAAUCGGAUGAAGGUCGCAUUGUUGCAGUAAAUGAAAAGAGAUUUGUUCGUGAGUUGGUUUUGAGAAAAUGGGAAGAACUUAAUAAAAGUAAGUUGUAGGUAAUAGUAAGAGAUAAUUAAAAUGUGACAUCGGUGUAAUCUUUAACUCAUCUGCAACGUCAGCUGUUGGUCUGAUUUUGUGAUCAGUCGCAUUUUUGUAUAAAAUCACUUAAUGCACUUGUAAUCAC